UCAACUUCUAAUUCCAUAAGAGCUUGCUUCAACGAUGAAGAAUCCAUCAGAGUGUAUUACUGUGGGAUCAAGCGACGAGUUACAAUGCCAUACUGCCCACUUCAACACUGAAUGCGCAAAAUACUUUUCACCACAUUCGCCAAUGAGGAUUUUCCCCGCCAACUUAUCGUCACCCUAAGCCUCUUCAUAAAUGUACUUUUUUUUCCUUUCUUUUUUUUUAUACACCAACCAACAAUGUGACCCCAUUUUCACCAACGAAACCGACAUUUACAUAAUCGUCUCCAAUUCAAAAUGCUAUGAAGAAUAAAAAAAAAUGGAAAUUAGAGAGUCCUUGGCGAAGAAUGUAGGUUUAUGGAAUGACCUGGAUCGCGUGAGUUUCCUGCACUUUUAAGAGAAUGGAGAAAAAGAGAGAGAGAGAGAGAGAAAGAGAUCUUUUUAAGGGACAAUUUGAAGAGAAGAAUUCGAGAGACUUUCGCUCGAAAACAUUUUAAUUCAUUCUCAGUAAACAUCGUCUCGAGAGUUGUAAGGAUUCACGAGGCGCACCGGUGCAAAUAUGGAGUGCAUGGGAUUUCGGUCGCGGUGUACGACUUUCGAUGUGGUGGCUGAGGCGAGAAGGGGUUUUACCGUUGAAAACGGAACCAACACAGGAAGCUCAUUAAGUUACACCCCGGGGUCUCGACUCCUGUUUUGUUGCAGUUUGCUGCCCAUUCUCAACACAAAAUCGUGUUCUUCAAGCUGAAAGAGGAAUUCAUGUAAUUUAUCGUGAGAAUAUUCAGUGUAUGGAAACCAUGCAAGGAAUUCUGGUAAAAGUUGGUAGAGUACCACAAAAGAGGGUGAUAUUGUCGAUUUGUUCAGUUCAACUUGUCUCCUUGACAAGAACCCAAUGAUGUCAAAUAAUGUAAAAUACAAGUGUUCAACAAAUAUAAACUCAGUCAAACUAAAGAAAUUUUCAAACAUUCUCCAUCUACAAUCGAAGGAUAAGAAAAUUUGCCAAUAAUCAGAAAGAUAAGGAAUUACCGCCAGUCAACAUUCAUCGAGCAACUGAUAAUAAAGGGAUAUUUCGACUUCUAUAUUAUCGACAUCGAACAAAAAAGAGGGAGGAAUUUUGAAAAACGACGAAAAGAAAAAAUUAUUUCCCUUCGAUUUCAAAAAAAUUUCCAAAAAGAAGAUAAAUUUCAAUAAGAAAAAAAGAAGAAUUGAAAAAUUGAUUUUCUCCGCUGAUAAAUGAAAUUGUUUUGCUAAUAGGGGAAUGAACUAGAGAAUGAAAUAUCUAGAGGGCGAGAACAUAGGGGCGGCAGUUUAAGCGCAAACGCAAAAUUCUAAGACAGUUUUCAUACAAUGCGAAAAUUCAACUCCAGUUGUCCGGGAAGCUGCGAGCGCUUUCAUUCAAAAUAAAAUACGGUUUGAUUACAUCUCGAAAUUAUGUUUGUUAUUACAUUAAGUUUAACAGCGAUGUAAAUUGUGUUUGAAAAAAAAAAUUUCUUUCGAAAACAAAAAAAACAAACAAUUAUACGGUCGAAAUUAAAAAUAAUUCGAAACAUGUUUAAAUAACAAUAGACGAUAAUUUUAAUGUGGUUUUCUUGGUGGAGAGAAAUCGGAUCUUCGUGACCCACGAUUUUGAGGCUAAUGGCGCUCGAUAUAUCCGGCAAAUCCCCCGACGAUCGAAAGAUAAAGGACCUUCCUUACUGGAGGAUGCUCGACGUUAGCCGAGAUAUUAAUUGUGACCGAUAACGCUGUAAAUCGUCUUGUAACCCUUUCCCCCCUCUCAAACCCUUUUUACCAAUCUCCCUCCGUGUCGUCCCCCUCAAAUCCAAAAAAAAAAAAAAAAAAAAAAAAAAAUCGCCCACUAUUGUUAAACUCAUUUGUGAAAAAAAGCGAAAGAGAAAAGAGAGACCGCCUUCGUGGUGGCUGAAAAAUACGAUAAAAAGGAAGAGAAAAAAAAAUCUUAAGGAUUUUUCAAGUUUUUUUUUCUUUUUUCUUUGCUGUUUGUGAGUGUGAGUAUGUGCGUGGUGUAAAAGUCAGCGCGGAUUAAGAUGAAUCGAAUUCAUUUGUAAAAUGGCAUCACUCCCCCGUGUGGCUCUCGUAUUACUGGGAAUUGCUUACCUGUUACGCGCAGAUUCAUCAUUCGACAAUGACAUUACAGCUGGUCUAAGCAUACCUGACGAUUAUGAUGAAAGUAAAGAGGAGAAUGCCGAGGGAGACGAUGAAAAAUUUACUUCAAUCGCGAAAAAUCUCGUUCAAGAGGUGACAGCAAUUGUGGGUCAACUUACAACUCUUUUAUGUAAUUUCGAAGAUCCAGGAAAUCGAACUGUGUCUUGGAUUAGAAAAAAAGAUUUGCAAAUUUUGACGUCAAUGUACAUUACAUACACUAGUGAUGUGAGAUUUAAAAUCAUUACAAAUAUAAGUUAUACGCCAGCGCAGGAAAAUUCCAGUAUCUGGAAUCUUCAAAUAGAAAAUGUUCAGCCGAGGGAUGAGGGUAUUUAUGAAUGCCAACUUAGCACGGAGCCCAAAAUACACAAAGCUAUUUAUCUUAAAAUUUUAGACGUUCAAGCAAAAAUUUUGGGUCCAGAGGAAGUUUAUGUGAAAAAAGGCAGCACAAUCAGUCUCACUUGCAUUGUUAAUGCACAAGACAUUGCACCAAGUAACGUUACGUGGUGGCAUGCUGGAUUUAUUAUAGACUUCGACAGUCCCAGAGGGGGAGUAUCGUUAGAGACAGAGAAGGCCAAAGGUGGAACGACAAGCAAGUUGCUGAUAACGCGUGCUUCUCUCAAUGACAGCGGUAAUUAUACUUGUGUCUCAAGUAAAGCAGCACCUGCAAGUGUCAUUGUACACGUAUUAAACGGUGAACAUCCAGCGGCAAUGCAGCACGGGGGAGGAAAUAAGCUCAUCUUAAGGACAUUUUCGAUCAGCUUCACUCUCAUUCUGACUACUCUAGUAAGAUAAACGAUCUCUUAUACAUAUAUAUAAAAAAAAAUAAACCCCCCCUUUUACAAAACGUGAAGUUAUAAAUUUCGAUCACCAUCAUCAAAAAAAAAAAAAAAAAAACUGAAUGUGAGUGUAAAAUUGUAUAGUG